GGGAGCGCGGACCUACCUUGGAGUGUAGCCUACCGCUUCUGGAGCAAGUGAGAAUGCGUCCGUGUGGAGAUAGAUAGACGCUAGAAGUUUGUGGAAAACACUUUUGGAACUUUUAACAUCCAUGAAAUUUACCAGGAGCUGUAGAUUGAGGAUAUCUAGAAUUCUGCCAUGUUCAAGGCCGUGUUGAAGAAGAACAGAGAUGGGGGAAAGGGGAGCAAGAAGGAUCCAGGUGACCUCAACAGAAAAUGUUCACCUGAGGGCCUCCACCCCCUGGGCCCCGCCAACGCUCACCCAGACGACAUCUUCAGACUGGGCCUUAGCGGAGGCUCGAUGUCCCUCCCCUCCUCCCCUCUGUUACCGAGACAGUCCUACAUGAUGCCCCUACGCUCCAGCAAGAAAUCACCAGGUCCGCUCAGGAAGCCCAAAUAUGUGGAGAGUCCUCGUGUUCCGUCUGAUGCCAUCGUCUCAGCGCUGAGGAAAGUAGAUGCUUCGCACAAUGAGUUCCAAGCGGACAAACCGACAAGCCCCUCCUCCCCUGCCACUCAAGAACUGAUGACAAGGCUGGGCUUUCUACUGGGAGAAGGGAUCCCCGGCACGGCACGCAUACCUAUGGACGACAAGAAUGAAAAGAAGUGCUCAGUGACCAGCCAGGGGAUCAGCCCCUGCUCCACCCUGACCAGCAGCACGGCGUCCCCCUGCACCGAUAGCCCCUGCUCCACCCUCAACAGCACCACGGGCCAACCCCCCCUCAGCCGCUGCAGCCCCUGUGGCACCAUCACCAGUCCUAGCUCCACACUCGAGAGCAAAGACAGCGGGAUCAUAGCCACCAUCACAAGCUCGUCAGAGAACGAUGAUCGCAGCGGCUCGAGCCUUGAGUGGAGUAAAGAUGGCAGCCUGAGGGGGAGCAUCCGAAAUGGGCUGGGACAGAGCGUACGGGGAGAGACCUGCUCCCCUGUGGCCGAGGAAGACUCCAACAGCAGCACCCCCCAUGACACGCCGUCCAGAACAGAGCCCAGCACGUCUACGGGAGGGGCGGGACCAUCGCACCCACCCACCAAUCACUCGCCAGAGGGACCCGUCACUUACCCCGCCCACACUUCCUCUCUCAUGAUGCCAAGGCCAAACUCAGUCGCAGCCACCAGUUCUACAAAGUUGGAGGACCUGAGCUUUCUGGAUGAGCAGCGUAAUACCCCCCUCCGCACCUCCAUCCGCCUUCCCUGGCACAACACAGGAGGCAGACCACCCCAGGACUCCAAAGGUCGAUUUGCACCAUACAAACCAGCGGACAUCAUGCUCAAGCCUUUGUUAUUCGAGGUGCCCAGUAUCACCACAGAUUCUGUGUUCGUGGGACGGGAUUGGCUGUUUCAGAGGUUGGAGGAUGUCCUUAAAGAGGGUGAAUCGGAGGAGGCGCACGGAGCAGUCAUCGUGGGCAGCGUGGGCUACGGCAAAACUGCCAUCAUCUCCAGGCUCGUGGCGCUCAGCUGUCACGGCGGACGCAUGAGGCAGAUCGCAUCCAACAGCCCCAGUGCAUCGCCAAAAGGUGGCCCAGGACAAGGCACAGAACUCCCCCUGAGCCAGCCCCCCCAGCCCACCCCACCCUCCAGUGCGUCUAACACCCUAAGGACCAACAGUUGCCCCGGGACACCCGAGAUCCAGAGGCGCAGGGAGGAGGCUGUCCGACGCCUGGCUGCUAAGGUGGUGGCGUAUCACUACUGCCAGGCGGACAACACGUACACCUGCCUGGUCCCAGAGUUUGUCCACAGCAUCGCGGCUCUGCUCUGCCGCUCUCAUCAGCUCACAGCCUACAGAGAGCUUCUACUGAAGGAGCCCCAUCUACAGAGCAUGCUCAGUCUGCGCUCCUGUGUGCAAGACCCGCUCGCUGCUUUCAGGAGGGGGGUACUCGAACCACUCACCAAUCUCAGAAAGGAGAGGAAAAUUCCGGAAGAUGACCACAUUAUUUUGAUCGAUGGGCUGAAUGAAGCGGAGUUUCACAAGCCAGACUACGGGGACACAAUCGCCUCCUUUAUCUCCAAAAUCAUCACCAAGUUCCCUCCCUGGCUCAAACUGGUGGUCACUGUUCGGGUCAACCUGCUGGAGAUCACGAGCCUGCUGCCAUUCCCCCACAUCUCCCUCGACGACUUCUCUGACAACAAGGAGAUCAGCUGCGACCUCAACGCUUACAUCCAGUACCGGGUCAGCUCCAGCCGGGACAUCAGCAACAACAUCAGCCUGAACGGGAAGGCCGACCCCCUCACUGUGAGCAAGCUAAGCACCCACCUCACCUCCCGCAGCCAGGGCUCCUACCUGUACCUCAAACUCACCCUGGAUCUCUUCGAAAAGGGCCACCUCGUCAUCAAAAGCGCUAGCUACAAAGUGGUCCCGGUGUCCGUGUCGGAGCUCUACCAACUACAGUGCAAUAUGAAGUUCAUGACCAACUCCGCCUACGAACGCUCACUGCCGAUUUUGAAUGUAGCGUUAGCCUCGUUGCACCCGCUAACAGAUGAGCAGCUGUUUCAGGCGAUAAACGCGGGGUAUGUCCGAGGAGAGUUGCCCUGGGAGGACUUUCUGCAGCGUAUGGAGCUUCUGUCCUGUUUUCUGAUCAAGAGGAGGGACAAGACGCGCAUGUUCUGUCACCCGUCCUUCAGGGAGUGGCUGGUGUGGAGGGCGGACGGGGAGAGCACGGAUUUCCUCUGUGAUCCGAGGACGGGCCACGCUCUCAUGGCCUUCAUGCUGUCUCGUCAGGAGGGCAAACUCAACCGACAGCAGACCAUGGAACUGGGCCACCACAUCCUCAAAGCGCACAUCUUCAAGGGCCAAAGUAAGAAAACGGGCGUGUCAUCCAGUGUGCUGCAGGCUCUGUGGAUUAGCUGCAGCGCCGACGGGCUCUCCGCGGCCUUGGCUUCGCUCAGAAAUCUGUACACGCCAAACGUCAAGGUGAGCCGUCUCCUGAUGCUGGGAGGAGCCAACGUGAACUACCGCACGGAGGUCCUGAACAACGCCCCGGUGUUGUGCGUGCAGUGCCACCUGGGUCAUCAGGAGAUUGCCUCUCUGCUGCUGGAGCAUGGGGCCAGUGUGGAGGUUCAGGCUGAGAACGCCAUGAGUCCUCUGCUUUUCUCUGCAGCCGCGGGACACCUGGGCCUGGUCAUGAUGCUGUGCAAGAGGGGGGCCAAGGUUGACCACGUGGAUAAGAGCGGUCAGUGUGCGCUGGUCCAUGCGGCUCUAAGGGGCCACCUGGAGAUUAUGGAGUACCUGCUGGAGCUGGAUUGGGUUGAGGAGCAGGAGGAGUCUCUGAAGAGUAAAGCUCUGCAGCAGGCUUUGAUUGGGGCGGCGAGCAUGGGACACACACAGGUUGUGAGGGGCUUGCUGGCACUGAAAAACGAGCAUGAGGUGCAAAUUGAUAGCCAUGACACUCUGUGGGGAGAGACAGCCCUGACAGCCGCCGCGGGCCGGGGGAAGAUGGAGGUGUGCACGUUCCUGUUGGAGCAGGGGGCCGUGGUGCAGCAGGUGAACCGCAGAGGGGUGUCUCCACUCUUCUGUGCCGUCAGACAAGGACACUGGCAGAUUGCAGAGCUGCUGCUGGAGCACGGAGCCGACAUCAACAUCAGUGACAAACAGGGCAGGACUCUUCUGAUGGUGGCCGCCUGCGAGGGGCACCUCAACACAGUCGAGUUCCUGCUUUCAAAAGGUGCCUCCCUGACCUCCAUGGACAAAGAAGGCCUGACCCCCCUGAGCUGGGCCUGUUUGAAAGGACACAAGAACGUGGUGCAGUUUUUAGUAGAAAAAGGUUCAGCCAUCGACCACACGGACAAGAAUGGCCGUACUCCACUGGACCUGGCGGCCUUCUACGGAGACGCUGAGAUUGUCCAGUACUUGGUGGAGAGAGGAGCUGUGAUCGAGCAUGUGGACUACAGCGGGAUGAGACCACUGGACCGGGCCAUCGGUUGUAGGAAUACGUCUGUGGUGGUCACGCUCCUGAAGAAAGGGGCCAAACUGGGUAAUGCUGCUUGGGCCAUGGCCACAUCCAAACCUGAUAUCCUGAUUAUUCUGCUGCAGAAACUAAUGGAGGAAGGAAACAUGCUUUACAAGAAAGGGAAGAUGAAAGAGGCGGCUCAGAGGUACCAGUACGCCCUCCGCAAGUUCCCCCGCGAAGGAUACGGAGACGAGCUGAAGGCCUUCAAGGACCUGAGGGUGUCGCUCUACCUCAAUCUGUCCCGAUGUCGCAGGAAGACUAAUGACUUUGGAAUGGCUGAAGAAUUUGCCACAAAGGCAUUAGAGCUGAAGCCCAAAUCCUAUGAGGCGUACUACGCCCGGGCAAGGGCUAAGCGCAGCAGCAGACAGUUCUCUGCAGCACUGGCCGACCUGCAUGAGGCCGCCAAGCUCUGCCCCAACAACAGAGAGAUCAGGAGGCUGCUGGCCCGAGUGGAGGAGGAGUGUAAACAGAUGCAGCGCACACAGGCCAAAGGAGCCACUGCUGCCCCCUACCACACCCCAGGACACGAGUCUGACAAAGAGCAGGAUGAGCCCCCAGAGCACAACUACCCCCGCUUGGACCACAGGGACACUCUGGAGCACAGGGACAUCCUGGAGGAGGAGGAUGAGGAGGAGGAUGAAGAGGAGCACAGCAGAGCAUCUGAAGCCUGCAGCUGGUCCCACAACAGUUACUCUUUCAGCCGGGCCUUCUCCUCUGAGCAACCCUGCACCAGUCAGAGCAGAGCUCUUCCCCCAGAGCCCUGUUCGCCCCCCGGACACAGGCCCCCUCCCAGGGUCCCCCGGGAGCACAGAGAGGCUGUGGCCCAGCAGAAGGCUCUGGUCCUACAGCCCACCAAACAGGCGCAGAUAGUCAAGACCAAUCAGCACAUGAGCUCCAAGCAGAAGGGUCAGUACGCCCCCUCUAGCCCUCUCCCCAGCAGACACUUGUCCAGUGCCCUGAAGCCAGGCCCAGGCAUCGACAUCAGCCCCCUGGGGCCCUCUCCUGAGGAGCCUGUGUAUGAGAACCGUAUAGUGAUGACAGCGGCUGCUCUCGGCUACAGCUGUGACGAGGCUCUGCUGAGGGACUCCUCGUACUGUAGCUCCUCUAAGCCCCUGGUGCAGGACCGACUGUGUGCUCCAUCCUCCUCCUCUCUGGACGCACUGGCUUGCGCCGGCCCUGUUGCCCAGGGCAACCACAGCGAGCCUGUGCGGGACAGUACAGGAGCGGGCAGCAUGAGAGUGUCCAGCUCAACCAGCAGCCUGGCCUCCAGUAGCAGCCUGUCCGACAGUGGCAAACUGGGCCCCGAUGUCCGCAACAAGGUCCCUGACAAGACCAAGCAGACCCAGGGUUCCAGCUCAGACUACAAGCCCCGCCCCUUCAUGGGCGUUACUGAUAAGACGGCCCGCUUCCAACAGCAGCACAGUGUGCCUGGCCCACACAGCCAGAACCACCAGGCCCACAGCUGGAUCAACCCCCUCCAGCCAAUCAGCUCCUCCGACAUGCUCUGCCACAGCAUGGCAGCCAAUGACUGUGAGUCUUACUCCAAAGCAGUCAGCACUUACCAGGACCAGCACAAGGGCCACGUGGCCAUGGCUAUGAGCAGUCUACAGAACGGCACGCACGACUUCACAGACAAGUUCUGCUCCUCCGCCAGCUGUUACAAAGAGUCCAAGCCCCCAGUGGCUCACGCCUACAUGGACAAGGCCAAACCAGGCCUGGUCCGAGAGAACCCGGCCCUCCAUGUAGCCUCGAUCAAACCAAAGCGAUCCUUCAUUGAGUCCAAUGUGUAGAGGUGUUUUUCAGUCAGAUGCACAGCUAUGUUAUCAACAUUUUCAUUUAGUUACAAGUGUUUGUUGUGCUGACAGUGAAGGCUCAGACAUGUCCCUGUCCUGUUACACAUGUCCAGUGGUUCUGAGGCACUGCACUGAAGGAGUGUGUGGUCCACAGAGGCAAAGAGGCACUUUAUCCACGUUUGGGCUGCUCCAGGGGGCUCAUGUCAGAGGGCCCACAUUACACAGCCCAAUGUUAAACAGCCCAAUGUUAAACAGUCCAGUGUUAAACAGACUGUGCUGUGUUGAUUCUGUCCCUGGUGCUGAGAGCAGAGGAGGGAGGAGGGAGAGGUGGAGUGGGCAUUCCUGUGUAUAAGGAUGUUAUAGAUCCUCAUGUUGUUUAUAUUAUAAAUAUGUAUUUUCCUUAUUUCCGUGAAGCUCUAUGUUAAUUGUAUUGACACGUUCUGGUGUAUUUGAGUUCUAUUUCCUUCCUCCUGACCGCCAGAGGGCAGUUCCUGUGCAUGUGCAAAGGGAACAUUCAGUGCUUUCAGCAUCGCCCUCUGACAGUCAUCCGGGAUUCAUAGAACCGUAGUUACUUAAGUAACUUUUGUUUUAUGCACAAUGUUGUUGAAAAGAUAUUAAUGUAAAAGUACAUUUGUUAAAUAUGUACAUUCUAUGAAUCAGCAUUAACAUGGAAAUCCUUUAUGUACCUGCUUGUUGUUGUUGCUGUCUAGUUUAAUUUAUUUACAGCGCCUUUGGCUUGGUUCAAUGUUAAAGCAAUAUAUUUUAUAUAGUUAUUUUUGCACAGCUACUAAGACAUUUUAUGAGUACGUUUAUGCGCAUGCUACAAUUGCAGUUUAUAUUGGUAAAAAGUCUGUAAAAAGAAAUUGUUUGGGGCACAGUGCCAUCAGCUCUAUUUUAUGAUACUGUAUAUUCAUUGCAAUUGUUGCCAUGUUUCAGUAUUGUGAGCUUUCUUAGCUGUGAUCACAUACUGUAAUAAGAAGAAUGCCAUAGCCACCUCCAUGGGAGAAAUAAAGACCCACUGAAAAACA